ACCAUUGCCUUGGGCAUCAGUCAAGCUUUCAGUUAUCGUUUGACAGUUGCCGUUAGAAGAGGUGCCUCUAGAAGUAGGUCGCGCCGCACACACUGCCGCACAACCGAUUGAGAAGCACCGAAUUUCACCUUCAAAUCCUGCACUAAUCCCACACUUCACACACUGCACUAGAGGCAUACAAAGGGGCCUGGGUUUUAAAAACCGCGUCCACGUAGAAACAACGACGCCAAAAUGGUGAACGAAUACACGGGACCACCUCCGCAGGAAAUGGAAACGUUCCUGCCCCAGGACGGAAAGAACGGAGCCACUGUAUACAAGUUUACUCCCGCCAAAUCCGAUGUGGAGGCCAAUGGUACAAUACAGUUCGAUCCGUUUAAAGAGCGGAAAUUGGAACAUCCUACAACUGAUGGCGAAACGUUAACGCAUUUGCUGAAGGCAUCGCUCGGUACGGGCAUCCUGGCGAUGCCGGUCGCGUUCACCUACGCCGGGUUGGCCGGCGGUAUCCUGGCCACCGUUUUCACCGCCUUCAUCUGCACCCACUGCGCGUACGUGCUGGUCAAGUGUGGCCACACGCUCUACCGACGCACGCACCGAACGGCGAUGAGCUUCUCCGAGAUUGCCGAGGUCGCGUUCGAGAAUGGACCGGAAUGGGGCCGCCGGUGGGGCAUGCCCACGUCCUACUGCAUCCGCUACGGCCUGUUCAUCACGUACUUCGGUACCUGCGCCGUCUAUACCGUCAUCAUCGCGACCAACUUCCAGCAGGUGAUCGAGUACUACUACGGCAGCCCGCUGAAUCUGCGCGUCAUGAUCGCGCUGCUGCUCGUGCCGCUGAUCCUGCUGUCGUGGAUCCCGAACCUGAAGUACCUCGCACCGGUCUCGAUGGUGGCGAACGUGUUUAUGGGCGUGGGAUUGGGCAUCACUUUCUACUAUCUGGUCACCGAUAUGCCUCCGGUCAACGAUCGGCCGCUCUUCCUGCCCGUCAUGCAGUGGCCAGCGUUCUUCGCGAUCGUCAUCUUUGCGAUGGAGGCCAUCGGUGUGGUGAUGCCGCUGGAAAAUCAGAUGAAGACGCCCCAGAACUUUAUCGGCCUUUGCGGUGUGCUGAACCAGGGUAUGGCCGGUGUGACGCUGAUCUACAUCCUGCUCGGUUUCCUCGGCUACGUCAAGUACGGUGAUGAGGCACAGGGAUCAAUUACCCUCAAUCUGCCAAUCGAAGAGAUCCCCGCUCAAGCUGUGAAGAUUCUGAUCGCCCUGGCAGUGUACUGCACAUUCGGACUGCAGUUCUACGUGUGUCUCGAUAUUGGCUGGGUCGCCAUCAAGGAUCGGUUCACCAAGCGCCCGAAGCUGGUUGAGUACGUGAUGCGCACCAUCCUCGUCACUGCAGCCGUCCUGCUGGCCGUUGCCGUCCCGACCAUCGGUCCGUUCAUUGGGCUGAUCGGUGCGUUCUGCUUCUCGAUCCUCGGACUGCUGAUCCCGAUCGUCAUCGAGAUGGUCACGUACUGGGAGGAAGGAUUCGGCCCCGGCAACUGGAUCGUGUGGAAGAACGUGGUCGUGUUUGUCUUCGGUAUCAUCGCGCUCGUGUUUGGCUCCAAGAGCUCCAUCCAGGACAUUCUUGCCCUAUACGCUUAGGUCUGCAGCACCUUUGGGUUGUGGCGAGCGAGUGGAGAAGGCGAGAGUUACGGCUAAUGGUUUGAGUUGGCAAAGCACACACACACACACACGCGCGCGCGCGCAUAUACAAAAACACACCCAUGCAAAGCAAUCACGCCGCCAACCAAUACGGAACUACAGAGAAAUUGCUGACUGAGAAACAAACUGCCUUUCGUUUGCUUUCCCACCAAACGCAGCUACCUUUCUCCAUUUAUUUUGCUAUUUAGAUUUCUUUUCGAUUUCAGUGCACGACUUUUGUGCACCGGCGCCAAGCGCCAACCUGUGUAAGGAGGGGGAAGUGUUAUUCCUCCCCCAGACGUGUGUGUGUGUGUGUAUGUAGUUUAGGACAGAAGAAAACUAUUGUGCUGAUUGUUUGGAAACACCAGGUUGGGACCAGUCCGAUCGUUAGCAAAUGGGACCUGGGAAAAAGGAAAAGGACCAGAUGCUCCUAGGGGGCGUGAUGAUGACCUUCCCGAGCCAUUGCUAUCAGGCUGCUACCCUUAUCGUUAACACUCACACACACAUACACAAGUGCCUCAAAUAGUAGAGCAAACAAUUGAUAUUGUGUAGAAGUAGCAACAACAACAACAACAACAACAUCAAACAGACACGCAUCGUAACGCAACAAACGAUAUUGUUUUAUCUGCAACAGGGUUUUUGGACACAUUGUUGGGCAGCAGCAGCAGCAGUACUAGGUAGUAGCAAUAGUAGUAGUGCGCUAGGGAUUUUCCGCGUUUCUGGUGUACGUGUUUUUUUCCAUCACACAUUGUUUUUGGUACUGUAGCGAUGGAAGAUAACAAAAACAGCAUUUUGGACACGUUGUUGAAGUUUUGGAACGUAGCAGCAGCAGCAGCAGCACCCGCUCUCAGGGAUGAUGAGUGAGCAUUUCAAGCACAGAUAUACAAAAUCUCGCAAAACAAAACAAUGCUGUGCGUAACAACAACCACAACGACGAAACACGACAGCUCGGUCGCGCAUCGUUUGUCGGUCGACAAAAUGUUUCAACCGUUUUUUUGUUCUCAACGCUGCCAUGUGUUGCUUUUAUCAACAUCGUUAUGUUGUUGCUUUUUCUUUUCGUUUUUUCUCUCUGUUGAUUAAGGCCACCGAAUCCGUUCCCUGCAUGCGCCUGCGAUUACCGACAACCCAACAACAGGGGUAAAAGGAAGAAACAAAAUUAACAAAUCAGCCCCCAAAAUGAUUGGUGUAAUCAAGUUUUUUGAUCUCGUGUUUCGAGAUUUUGCUAUAAAUCCUCUCACUUACGGCCAGUGGCGCGUCAACGAUUCUUUUUAUAAAAGAUACGUUUUCAACGGUAAUCCAACACACAUGCACCGAGAAUUGUAGUGCAGAAGAGGGAGAGAGAGCGCGCGCUUGUCCUUAGAUAGAACAGAGUAAGAUGGUUUAGUAAGGCACCUUAGGUGAGACCGAUUGGACGGGUGGACGGACGGACUCUGCACCUGAUUUUGUUACAGAUUCAACAAAGCAACGCAAUGUUCCAAAAAAUUAUCUCCCUAAAAUGGACACGUCUCUGGGACAAUCAUUCGGCAAACGUAGCGCGUAAAUGCGCGCACUAUAUCGUAAGACAAUUUCCACUUGAACGCAAACAGGCAAACGCUACCGUAUUAAGACGCUCAAAUUCAGUAAUCGGUUGCGUUACACAUUACACUUGAUCGUUCCCGUGGUACAGUACCAUUCAUUCAUUUGCUUCUGUUUGUUUGUUUUCUUUUCUCCUUCCCAUUCCUAUAAUUAUUGUCCCUACUAUGUAAUCAUGUUUUUUUCUCAUUGGCCCGCAUUAGUGAAAUAAGUGAAAUACAGUCUGAACUCACUGAGUUGAACUGUUUGAUUGUCCGCCAACGAUUGAACGAUUGGUGCUUUUUAAUGUUCCCUUGUGCGUGCUUUAUCGUUGCCCAGUCAGCCAACUGUCGAAGCGCAACUAGAGCAACCAAGAAAGCGUUCAACUAGAAGCGUUCCGACUGUAUUCGAAUUAAGAGGUGUACGAAAAUUUGGGCCGCUCGUCAGCGCCUCCUGACUGGCUACGGCCUAAGACUUACAUUGAUUGUAAUACCGCAUGUAAGAGUGAAUGAAAAAAUAAAUAAACAAGUAAAGCGUAACAUUUACUACAACAAAGAA